AUGGAUUUCUUGAACAAAUUCCAGAAGCUUCUUCUCUCUUUCUCUUUCACCUCCACGUCCUGGCUCUCGUCAACUACCAAAGAAGAGCCAGGGUUCCCAUCCCGAUGGUCGCUUCCCCCAAACCAACAUGAUGCUUUCUGUCGGGAACUGGUACAGCUCGCCGCAGCAAUCGCCGACUUUGAGCCAGUCCGGAUGCACGUCCGACCUGAAGAUAUGGAGCUGGCCCAGUCUUUGAUCAAGGCCAAUGUGAAAGACGCCUCCAAUAUCACUUUGAUCCCAUCCCCGGUGAACCAUCCCUGGGUUCGGGACACUGGUCCGGUGUACGUGCGUGAUCCAACAUUGCCUAGCCGGAGAGUGGCCGUGAACUUCCGGUUUAAUGAGUGGGGCAACAAGGCGCCGGAAAACGACGGCAUUUGCUGGGGCCAGCAAUGGCCGCUGAUGGACGAGAAAACGCUCCAAGAGAACGAGAACUGGGCACGUUGGGUGAUCGCGCAUGAUCGAGAGCCAGAACCUGUCACGCGAAUCGACGCUCUUAUUCGCGCCGAGGGCGGGGGGGGUGUCCAUGAUGGUGACGGUACCCUGAUAAUUAGCGAGAGCUGUAUUGUUGACGAGGCACGGAACCCUGGGAUGGCCAAGGCCGAGAUUGAGGUGGAACUCAAGCGCUUGCUUGGAAUUGAGAAGGUCCUCUGGUUCCCCGGCCGGAAGAAUAUCGAUAUCACAGACAGCCACAUGGACGCGGAGGCACGAUUCGUCCGGCCAGGCGUAGUGGUUCACUCGAAACCACACGAUAUGGGACCUACGGAAUGGAAAGAGCUAUCGGCAGAGAUCCGAGAGAUCCUCGACCGUGCGACGGACGCUAAGGGCCGCAGGCUGGAAAUUCAUAUCCUCGAGGAGCCCGAUCCGGCCCAUAUGGUGAAUGCUGAUGACGAGAAGCCCGCCAUUAGCUAUGUGAACUUCUAUUUUGUUAAUGGUGGUCUCGUCAUUCCGCAGUUUGGAGAUGAGGAGAGAGACCAGAAGGCGCUACGCCUCCUCCAACAAUUGCUUCCGGAGCGGACCGUCAAGCAAGUACGGGUCAACGCCAUUCCAUUGACUGGCGGUGUGUUACAUUGCGUCACGCAACAGGUUCCUGCGAUGGAGUAG